AUGGUCUCCUCUCCUCCGGCCUCCCCUGAUGGCGCGCGCCAGAUGCGACCUCAAAGCAUGUACUCAGCGUCGUCGCCGGAUCCUCUCCAGAAAAAUCGACCGCAAAGCAUGGCCGGCCGCCCUCCCAGAAGCAACAGCCGUAUGAGCCAGAGCAGCAAUCACAUUGGAAGCAGAGCCUCGGAUGAAGACGCCAAAACUUCGGUCAAAGUUGUGGUCCGUGUUCGCCCUCCUCUGGGUCCCUCAGAUCCCGGUUUCGAUCUUAUUCCACAAAGGUUCCAGCGGUCGAUGGUCCAAGUAAAUACAAAUACCAGCCUUGCCGUUGAGUCACCCCAAGGACGGAAAAUUUUCAUUUUCGACCGUGUCUUUGGUGAAGAUACCACUCAGAAUGCCGUGUGGGAAUACUUGCAAGACAGCGUUGAUUCGUUCUUGCAAGGCUAUAACGUGUCUUUACUCGCCUACGGCCAGUCGGGUGCCGGCAAAAGUUAUACCAUGGGCACAUCAGGUCCCGCAGAACAAUUUGAUAACUCUUUGAAAGGUGUUAUUCCCCGAGCGGCGCAACACUUGUUCGAAAGCCUUAACGGCGGUCCUGCCCACAGUAGACACAACUCCGGCCUCAAAACUCCAACCAGAUAUUCAGUCACAAGCUUAAAUCAGGUUAUGCAAACAUCCAAAGCAUUCAUUGACAGGGGAUGGGACAUGUCGGUGACGUACGUUGAGAUUUACAACGAACAGCCAAGAGAUUUGCUACUCCCAGAAGACGCGCCAUUCACCGAGAGAGCCAACGUCCAGAUUCGUGAAGAUCCUCGAGGUCGGAUAUUUGUAGAAGGCCUCAACUCAGUACGCGUGUCCUCUAUCGAGGAACUCAUGCGGGUUUUGAAUCAUGGGUCCGCUAUUCGACAGACCGAUGCAACGGCCAUCAACGCACGAUCGUCUCGUUCUCACGCUGUCUUCACGAUCAAUCUGCGACAAACAAAAGCACAAGGUUUCCCUUCAGCAAAAGACAAACGAAUAUCAGUGCCAGUUGAGCAAUUGUCUGGAGGCGAUGCUCCUAUGACAGUUGAGAGCAAGCUCCAUUUUGUGGAUUUGGCAGGUAGUGAGCGGCUUAAGAACACUGGCGCUACCGGCGACCGUGCGAGGGAAGGGAUUUCGAUCAAUGCCGGACUGGCAAGUCUAGGCAAAGUGAUCUCUCAGCUGUCAUCGAGAACACCAGGGACGUACGUGUCGUACAGAGAUUCCAAAUUAACACGGAUGCUUCAAGACUCGCUAGGCGGAAAUGCAAUUACAUAUAUGAUUGCUUGCGUUACGCCCGCGGAAUUUCACCUCAGUGAAACACUCAACACAGUGCAGUAUGCACAGCGGGCUCGAAACAUCCAAAGCAAACCAAAGAUCCAGCAAGUUGAUGAUGGAGCCGACAAGCAAGCCGUAAUUGAACGAUUGCGCACCGAAAUUGCCUUUCUAAGGCAGCAGAUCCGCAGCGCUGAAUCCAACGACCGCCGACCGGGUAUGAUGUCUGAGCGAGGAGAUCGUCCCAGCGAUCGGGAAAAUGAACUACAGAAUCAGCUGUUGGAUGUUCAGGAGAGCUACAAUGCACUCAGUCAGAGGCACGCCAAAUUGGUCUCGGAGCUGACCAAAGGCACCGAGCCUAUUGACCAAGUCAACAUCGUCGGAGAAAGUGCGGUGGAUCGCCUGAAACGUUCGCAGGCGAAUCAAGCAAUGAUUGAACAGGUGGUCAUGGAAUACGAAAAGACAAUCCAGCUCCUCGAAAACAAUCUUUCAAACACGCGGUCGUCCCUCGCCACCACCGAAAGCAAUCUCCUCGAGAAAGAGACCAAAUGUGCUUUUGUUGAGACAGUCAACCAGCAAUUAAAUGCAAGAGUCCAGAAACUGAUGGACCGAGAGUCGAAUACCGAACAAUAUCUCCAUGACCUUGAGGCGAGGCUCGAUGACCAAAGUUCUGGCGGGGAAAAGAACGAUGCCAUCAUCACCGAUCUGCGCAAGGAGAUUUCGCGGAUAAGAGAAAGUGAAACAAAUGCUGAAGACUAUAUCUGCACUUUGGAAGAGCGCCUUGCCGAGGCGGAUCAAGACAUGGAGAUUAUGCAACGCGAGAUCGAGAGACUCCAACAUCUUGUUGAGCGCCAACGCAGUCUCGGCAAAUUGGACAAUCUGCUCUAUGAGCUCGAUCACAUUCAAGACAAAGACGGCAAGGCCAAUGCUGUAAAUCCACCUAAUACAAAUGGAGUCAUCGAGGCGCAUGAGAAGGAUCUCCAGACGGCUGAGGCGACCGAGUUACCAGCACAGGAGGACGGGGAACUUGAUGAGCAGGUCGAGGAUCUGCCGGAAGAAACGUCUGCGGAAAGUGACCAAGCUGGCCUUGAGAAACUCGAGACCGCCGUAGCUCAACAGGAAGGUCUCAAAGCUGAGCAUGACAAGGAACCUCUUCCAAGUCCCGCGCAGUCGAAGUUCAUUACCGAGAAGUUUGAGGCAGUCAGUCAAGAAUUGUUCGACCUCCGACUGGAGCACGAAUCAACCGUCAAUGAGUUGGAUUUACUUUCGGCCAAAUACCAAGAAGCACUUCGAACUCUGGCGGAGAUGCAUGAGUCAAUUGAGCAGGAACGCCAAAGUACGAUAUCUCCGCAGGAAGAUGGUGCCAAUGAAAGUACUCAAGAUCAGUCUUGUUUGGAGGUGGACGAGGAGGCGGACGAGCCACAAGAAGACGAGGAUGGCCAACAUCUGCCAUCCUCGCGAUCGCUCUCCUCGGAAUUGUCCAUGGCUGGGGAAUCAUCGACUUCAACAGAUACCGACAUCACGCCGGUCUCCAAGACCACCCAGUCCGUCGAGGUCCAAUCGCAAGAGAUUGAAAGAUUGCAAAAUCUCCUCGCGCAACACGAACGGAGCAUGAAAGAUGUUACUGAGCAAUAUACCCAGCUCCAGACUGAUCACAAGGAAGCUUUGACCACUGUAGAACGGCUGAAAUCGCAGAUCAAGCAGACCAGGCCUGCAUCUCCUGGUACUCCGGGUAUGCUGAGACGUAUGACCUCACAAACCGGCAACGGGGUUGAUCGAGGUCAGCGAUCUGUCACCUCUCUGCGGACGCUCCUAGCCGAAGAAUUCGAGUCGAAACCUGAUCGAAUGGAAACCGCGGAGGUGCAUCUCUCAGCUGCAAACACCGAACUCCAAACGCGCUUGGAACGGAUCCAAGCUCUAGAAGCGGAGGUCAAAACUGCAAAGAAAGAAAUGGAGAUAAAGUCGACGAUAAUUUCUGGCCUGACAAGGGAGAGGACCAGCAUCAAGGCGGGAUCUCCUGUCGACCUCAACAUGGUAUCUCAGUUAAGAGACCAGAUCAUUCAAAAAGAGACUGAGCUGAAAUCCCUGCACGAAGGGUAUGCUCGCCGUGAACAAGAUCUGCAAGAAGAGAUACAGAGAUUGCACGAUGAAAAGGCCAGCCUGCAGUCAGCCCCAUCGACGACCGGAAACGAGGAGAAGAUCAAUGCUUUGAAUCAGCAAAUAGAGGAAUUGACGUCGAAGCUCGAGGCGGCGCAACAAGCGGUCGAGGAGUCCGAAAAGAACUAUAUUCGUACGAAAUCUGAACUUGAGGUGGCUUUGGCAAGCAUCGCCACUUUGAAAGCUCAGCAAGCCGCUGGAGAUGGGGACGAUGGGUCUACCCGAGCUGCUGCCGCCAACGCAAUGCAGACUGAGCGUGACAAUUACGAAGAGCUUAUCAGCAGCCUGAAACAGCAGCUGGAAGAACAACACAUACUCAACGCUGACUUCUCAUCGAAGAAUGCGGAACUUCGUCAGCUCCAUGCCGCUCUCAGCAAGGAUUACGACUCCCAUGCUGAGAUGGUGAAGUCUCAACAGCAAGAAAUAGCUACGUUGAAGGCGGAGAUUGAGCAGCUCGAACAAAAGGUCAAGCUGGCAGAGGCGCAAGUUGAAAUGACCAAGCAGAAUCUGAAGAGCCUUCGCGAAGCUCAUAGUAAUGAGGUGGAAGAGAUGAAGCUGGCUCAUGCUGGUGCGCUGGCCGGAUACGAUGAUCAAAUGUCUGAAGUAACGACAAAGCACGCGAAGCUCGAGGCGACCUACAAGGCAGAUCUUGAGCAUGCCUUAUCAACUGUGCAGAAAAUCGUCUCUAAUGCUCAAACAGCACUUGGCCACCCAACCACCGCAGAUAUGCUCGCGAGUCAUAUCCAAGAUCUCGUGGAGGAGAAACGCCAUGUUGCGGAGGCCAACGUCCGAUUGAAUAGUACCAACGCCGAACUUGAGCGGCAGCUCGACGGCAGACAGAGCCUGCUUGAAUUGGAAGAAGAGCUCGCCAACGCCAAUCUCAAGAUCGGUAAUUACCAGGAUACCAUCCGGAGCCUUGCGAACGAGGUCGGCAAUCACGAAGAAACGAUCCGCGAAAAGGAUAAACUGCUCAAAAAGGCAGAAGCAAAUCUCCAAGCAGUCGAGUCAGAAAAGGCGAAGAAGUUGGUGAUUAUCGAAGAACUUGAACAGCAGUUGCAGAAUAGCUUUGACCAACACCACAACCGACUCUCCGUCAUCCAAGCCCAAGGUAAUCAGGCUUUGAUUGAAGCUCAGCAACGCAUUGCUAGUUUGGAGAAGGAUCUGAAUCAACGUACAUCAAUCAAUGAAGCAGGAUCCGACAGCGGUUCUCGCACCAACACGAUGAAGUCACAACAUCGUCCUCAGUCGCCGCAAGGUGAUGGAGUCCCGCGGUCCAACUCAAUGACUUCGAAUCUGAGGAAAUCUGCAUCAAUUGCAUCCUUGCCUUCACCUCCUCCUGCCAUCCCACUCCCUCCUCUGCCUGCCAUCCCUGGGGGUCUUCAAGUCACAUCACCUACGCCAGCUUCCAGCAAUCCUUCACCGCCUCAAUCCCGCCAUGCUUCCAAGGAAGUCGCGCUUCCUGUGACACCCGUGUCCGGCACUGUGGUCUCCACAAAUUCCCGGGACCGACGCCAGUCUGCGUUGAUUGAGGAACAAGAGAACCGGUUGCGCACCAUUGAGAAGCAUCUCCACGCCGAGAAACAACUCACGGCAACAUUGGAAGAAGCGCUGGUGGACCUUGAAACGCAAUCCAACAAAUUAAGGGUUGAUGCGGAGUCCUGGAAGAAGAAGGCGUGGGCGAUGGAAGAAGAACUUGUGGGCCUCAAGAAGGAAAGAAAAUCUGAGAGACUCAGUGUGCAGGCGGUGGAGGAAGAGGUCAAGAAGAGGAGAGAGGCCGAGGCGGCGAGGGCGCAGCUCGAGGAGAGAAUGAGGCUGUUGACUGUGGGCAAGGACGGAAAGACGAAGAAACGAAAAGGAGGAGCUUCGCUGAAUUGUUUCUGA